AUGGGUCGCACACUUCUUCUUAUAGUCACAAUUCCACUGCUUGCCUCAUGUCAUGUACUGUCACGAUUGGCCGAUUUUCAAGAUAUUGUACGUCAACGAAAAAAUGGAAACAGCAUCGCCCAGUGUCCAUGUGUACUCCAUGCUGAAAGUGGACGAUGUAUUGUUUACAAUUCGCGCUAUCAAGCUGCUAAUGUGGAAGAAGCUAUGCUGGCGUUUCAUGACCUGACGUCUCGUUAUGAACCUGCACCCGAACGGGACGCCGUGACAUUGUCAUGCAGGACUUUGGAAUGUCAGCACUGUUUCGGUUUGCUGUACUAUCGACUGCUUGACCUUGGAGUAAUCGACUCAGAUUUUCGGACAGUGACACCAGUACUGGAACGCAGUGCACUCCGGCCGUCAUUAUGCCCCCGUUAUAGGUUCCUCCUAGAUCCAAAGGUACCGCCAGUUCCAACAAGUAUUCCACCAUACAUUCAAUCCACCAUCGAAGCAGGCUUGCGAAAUGCAGGCAAGCUACCACAGAACGGCGAUUCCACUCAGCAAGGAGGAUCUCAAACUGGAGAAUUCGGUCAACAAUAUGUUGAAGGACGUUUCACUUAUCAUGAGAGUAGACGCCAAGGGCAAUGGCAGUCUUCGCAGCGUGGAUCGAGCUACCAGUCAAACACUUUCGUUCCGUCAUCAUCGGGAGGAUUUGGAGGAUAUGGCAAACGAAAACGACGUGCCGCAAAACAGGCGCUUGUUGGUUCGCGUUUCAUAAUUGGAUGUAGUAAUAGAGGCGAAUCUGAAGAUAAUAUGCUAGCUCUGUGUGGUACGUUAAUGUUUUGUUAA